UAGUUUGCAAAAUGGCCACCAUAAUGUCGCACAAUUUACCCCUCAUACCACUACCGCUUAAGGCGGGUGUGGCACUGGCCAAGGCCAGCCUCAUGCUACCCGGUGCCGGUCUGCUCGGACUUGCAUCCGUUCCGGAGUCUCGGAAAGCGUCCUCCACGCCACCAGAAUCGACGAGAGCUGCCGAUAGCCCAAAGCCCCCGCUAGAGGAUGAAGAGCUCGAUCGGAUGAGCUGCUCCAGCGAUGAUAGCGAGCUAUCCGUUGGGCAGGAGGUCCCGGAUGAUUUGCGUGCCCCACCGACACUGCUAAGCGCACCCGAUGACUUGAGCAAUGAUUCGUCCCGCUACUCGAAGGACACACCCUCGGAGUUAGAGUUUGCCGCACGGCUACAACCCGCAAUGUUACGUCCUAGUCCAACCCGGCUGCACGAAGAAUUCCUUCGAAACUCGCAACUUUACGCCGAGGAACUGAUGCGUCAACAGAUGCAAAUAGUUGCGGCAGCACGCGGUCUAACGAUGAGUCCGGCGAAGAGUACGCUCGGUGGACUACAGUCCGAUCGAAGUCCAACACCGGGUGAACCGAGGAUGGGCUUUCGACCGGCUGGUGGCACGCGCGGAGAUUUCUACCGCCAGGAUGCGUCCUCCCCAGGGGAAGGUGCGGGCGGGACGGGCGGGAACUUCCGAGGCAUCCAUUCCCAUCUUAGUGCGAUAUCGCAGAUAACGCAGAAUCUAAACAGCGACUUUUCAAAGCUAACAUCUCCGACGGCGUUCCGUACGUCGCGGGAAAGCUCCCAAUCACCACCAUCGGCCACCUCGAAUCUACACAGUCUUCAUCAGCUGCAUCAGCAGCAACAACAGCAGCACCAAGCUCAGCAGCAUCUCCACCAGCAACACCAGCAACAUCAGCUAGCACUGGCCGCCCUCAACAACAACAUCGCGGUAGCACUGAACGACCAAAGCCUUAAGUUUAGCAUCGACAAUAUUCUAAAAGCAGACUUUGGACGUCGCAUUACCGAUCCACUGUUGAUGAAGCGCACUCCCAAAGGUGGAGCCCACCAUCAUCAUGUGCCAUCGGCAUCGGGGGGUAGAAAAUCCGCUAGCAAAAGCCCGUCGGCAAUCGAUCUCAGCGGUGGGCUCGGUGGGUCUGAGCAAACGUCCUCCUCGUCGACACUAGCGCCACUGUUGGGCGGUGCGGUAACUGGACCCGGUAGCAUAGCGAGCGCCCUGUCCACGGUGAAACAGUUCUGUACGGCGGUUAGUACGACCACGACCAGCAGCAGUCGGGCCAGCUCGGGGUCGGUGAGCUCGGUUGGAUCUGUUGGUAGUGAGGAUGUGAGUCCGAUUUCGCCCCUAUCGUCAACGGGAUCGCUCAAGGGCGCGGAAUCGGGCACUGGUGGCAAUUCUUCGAGUGCAAUGAAUGCGGGAAGUGGUGCUAGUGGUGGUGGCGGUAGUGGUGCGGGGUCCAGUUCCGGGUCCGGCAGUUCGGGAUCGGGCUCCGGUGGACCGAUGGUGUGGCCGGCCUGGGUGUACUGCACACGGUACAGCGAUCGACCUAGUUCAGGUUAGUGUCCACGGACGCGCAAACCAAAGAAAAGUCCAGCGGAAAAGAGUAGCAGCAGUGCGGCACAGGCGAGUGCAGCGGCAGCCCUAGCCGAUGAUAAGCGACCCCGGACGGCAUUUAGUGGACCUCAGCUGGCACGGCUAAAGCACGAAUUCGCCGAAAACCGAUACCUUACCGAGCGUCGCCGCCAGCAGCUGAGUGCGGAGCUGGGCCUUAACGAGGCACAGAUCAAAAUCUGGUUCCAGAACAAGCGCGCCAAAAUCAAGAAAUCGUCCGGCCAGAAAAACCCCCUCGCCCUCCAGUUGAUGGCCCAGGGUCUGUACAAUCACUCAACCGUCCCGUUGACCCGCGAGGAAGAGGAACUCCAGGAGAUGCAGGCAGCGGCAGCAGCGGCCGCCGAAUCCCGUACCGGUUCAGCCGGCCCAUCAGCUACCGCAGCGAAUGCGUAG